UUUCCUCUUAAAAUCAAAUUCAUAUCCAAAUUUUUUCUAUUUCUUUAACCAUAUUCGAACAGUGCCUGCCUGCCUUGGAGGAGCUCGACAGUGAACCAACUCUAGAAGAAUUAAAUGCGGCCCUGGAUUCCCUUGCCUCCGGCAAGGCACCCGGGAAAGAUAACAUCCUUGCUGAAAUCCUGAAGUGCUGCAAAGAUAGCAUCCCCACUGAAUUGCACGAAAUUUUCUGCCUUUGUUGGAAGGAAGGUGGAGUACCACAGGACAUGAAGGAUGCAAAUAUCGUCAUACUGUAUAAGAACAAAGGCGACAGGAAAUAUGUCCUUAAGAAAAUUUCAGCAAAUGGCUCUCUUUAUGGGUGUUCAGUGUAUUGCAGCAGGUGCUUUUACAUAUUACUACAUACAAAGGGUUUUCUCUAGAACAAAAUACUAUCAGGAUGCUCUUAAGCAGCUUCAAGCAGAUCCCUUAGCCCUAGAAGCACUUGGUGCUCCCCCUCUGAAAGUUCACUACAUCAGCUUGAGAGACAAGAGCAACUACGUUGAUAAGUCAACAGCUCAGGUAAAAAUACCACUAUCUGGAAAAAAGUCAGGUGGUUAUCUUCAUGUUAUUUCAGAAAUGGAUUUUUCUCUCAACAGCUGGAAUCUACAGGAGGUCACGCUACAGCUCUGCAAUGGCCACAGAAUUCCGGUGUAUGUUUCUUCUAUGAAGACUGUUUCUAGAUAAAAAGAUGUAAUAUAUAGAACUGAGUUGUUGUCGUCAUCCAUCAUCAUCAUCAUCAUUUUAUUAUUAUAUUUGUAUUAGAAUAUUCAAAUUCCAUAAACAAUCUAACCAACAUCCAAAACAUAUGAAUCAUUUAUUAUUUAAAGUUUAAGGCUGCUUGCCUUCAGAACUACUCUGAAUGGCUUACAAUUACAAAUGUAAAAGAAAUGUAAAAUAAAAUUACAUAUGUUAGAGAUAAGAAUGUAGUUGUACAGAAGACACAGUAAAAAAAAGCACAUGGGGAUGAAGUUGACCAUCAUCCUUGCAGAAAGUCAAAAGGAUAGAAGCUAUGUAGUGGAAAUAUAAUUCCAAUGGGCAGGAGCCAUCACUGAGGAGGUACACUUCCUGAAUGCCACAAAGUGACACUGCUUAACUGACUCUUUGGGGUUUAGACUAAAACAACUGAAGGCAUAUAAAGGCAUAUUUAGAUUUUAAUUGGCUUGUAUUUUUAUAUACUGAAUGGUUUUAAAAUAAUUUACAUGUAUUCCCCAGGUAUUAGGGCUGUGAAUGCUUAAAAAUAAUUUGAGAUUAAUGUUUCAUACUUGUCUAAGCACAGCACCUGUCUACUAUUCAUUGAAGCAACUAUGAUUUUCUGCAGUGUUCUCUGGGAGCCUGAAAAAAGAUACUAAAUCAUAUUAAUGAGAUAGGAUAUUAAAAUUGUUAACUAUUUUUCUCAGCUGAUGUGGGAACUUGAAAGAGGAAUGACUGCUUUAAUUAGUAGCCAAAAAGUGCUGUACUCCUAUAUUUUUGUAAGAUCCAAAAUGUUUUCUCUAAUAAUUUUUGAUUUCAGGUGUCUUAUAAAUGAGCCAGUGUGGUUUAGCAGGCAAUGUGUUAGAGCAGGAGAUUCUCCAGUAUGACGAGUGCAGAAUCCACCAAUGGGUUCUGCUUGUCUUCUGCCUGUAGACUAAGUCAGCCAAAUUUUUGCUCUGCCUCUCCUCCUGAGAUGCCCCUUUCCCAGUCUUGACUUAGUCUCAAGCCCGGACAAACAGGUUUUUCUUGGCUCCAGACUUAAAGGACUUUAAAUCAGGUUGUAUGCUUCUAUUAAUUUCACCCAAAGGGGGGGGAGCGAAGGACAAUUGGAGAUACACCCCUCCCUGCCUUUUUCAUUGUAGCAAAUUCAUUGUGGCAAAUUACAGCGCAGCCACGAGGCUUGCCUUUAGGACAGCCGAUCCCAGAGGGUGAACAAAGAGCCGGACGCCAUUUUGGCUCUGCAUGGGCUCCAGGAUCAAGGAAGGAUUCACCAUCACCAUCCCCCUCCACACCUCCAACUACAGGGAUCACCUUAGUUCCCCUCCUUCUGGAACAGCAAGGAUUUUAAAAUCUAAGCAGUCACAGGGACCGGGAUUCCGCGGGAUUCCCCGAAGUCUACCGAAGCUCAGAUCUCCCGUGGCUCUACCUUUUAGUCCAGCUGAAUAGCUCUCUCUCUCUCUCUCUCUCUCUCUCUCUCUCUCUCUCUCUCUCUCUCUCUCUCUCUCAAGCUCAAGCUCAGCCGGUCAGCAGGGAGCUUUAAAUUGCCACACGCCUUUCUUUUGUUUUCCUGGAGCUCAGCCAGCAGGCAGAGAGCAAGGAGGCUUCUAAUGAGCUCGGGGGACUCAGCCGAGCUGAGGAAAUCUAUUCAAGGUCAGAAUCUUCCUCCACUAUCCCUAGCCUCCAUCCAAAAAUAUUAAACAUUAAAUAUUGAAAAAAUAAAUAAAAUAAAAAAUAAAAUAAAAUAACUGCAAGGCUCAGUCCAGAUCGGCCCAGGACUACAAUUCACAAGGCCUCCUCUCUCAGACUUGCAUCGGGAUAUAUCCCAUUGACAAAUGGCAGACACAAACACUAUCCAGUCAGAGCAGGAAGCCUCCAUUAGCCCCCCUGAUCAUAAGAGGCAAAAAUCUUCCAAGCAGGAGGCGGCUGGCAGGAUCAAAGCCAGGGCAAUAUCUGGUAAAAGACCUUCUAAGACAGUGGAUAGGGAGGCCAAACGUUGUCACCAGGCUCUGGAAAAACAGUUUUCUAGAGCUGAGAAGAGGCAAAGCUCAGUGGAGGAAGGACUAGAACCAUCUAGUUACAAGGAGGAGGAAAUAUUCGAUCCGAGAAGGCCUAGUCAGGAACCUCUGGAAGCAGAGGCUGACACAGAGCAGGGGAGCGGAUCUCCCCUAUGUGAGGAGCCUGGAGGUUCGGGGACGGAAACAGGCACCUGUAUUUCAGACAAUCAUGGAGCAGUCUCAGGCUGUCGCUCAGACCAUGGCCUCUUCAAGAUACCAUCGCUCCAGAACAGGGUCUGUGGCUUCAAAGGGUGGCUCCCAUCUUUCCCAAGAGGAAGCCUCUGUGUAUCAGGACUCAAUUUCCCCCUCCCGGUCCUCCAGAAGCAGGAGGUCUCCUGCGGAGGACCAUGAGCUGAUGGAUCAGGGGCUGUCAGAGGAAGGGGAUGUAUCCCAAGUUCCUCCACCUUCAUGGGCCUCUUUAACCCGUCUCUUUUCAAACCCCUGCUUCACAAGGCCAGCAGCACUGCGAAGAUCUAGAGAGCUUUGCUUCCUCAGAAGGGAUCUUCAACUAGUCAGGUAACGAACAACGAGGUGUUUUCACAGCCCAUUUACACACAAUUUAUCCCCUGCCCCCCUCUCUUCUUUGAUUCAGUUCAGAAUAACAUAGGGGCACCGGAGUCUUUCCUCCCAAUGGGGGGGACAGACAGGAAAAUGUUCAACAUAGAUCCGGCACUGUCGGAGAUAAUAGAGGUUCUGACAAUAGAUGAACCCAUAGCUGCUCUUUUUUCUCCAUCCACGAUACCUGGGGAUGCGGUGGAGGCCCUGAAAUCAGAAAAUAAGAAGAUGGACCUCACCUUCCGCAGGGCACACCAGGCCUCAGCGUGGGCAAUCAAGGCAGCCAUAUCUACAUCCUUUUUCGCUAGGACUUCACUACUCUGGCUGCGCCAACUCCAGGCGAGUAUCUCACCGGAGGAGAGAACCCACAAGAACUUAAGAAGGUUAGUGGCGGCAGCGGAGUUCAUGUCAGAUUCAUCCUUGCACACAUCAAACUAUUCUGCUAGAGCAAUAGCGUACAACAUCGGAGCACGCAGAUUGCUGUGGCUCAAACAGUGGAGAGCCAACAUGAAGGCAAAGUGGUGACUGGCGGCAGCCCCCUUCAAGGGCGGCCGUCUUUUUGGUGAGGCCCUUGAUCCUUAUCUGAUAGAGAACAAGGAUAAACGCAAGAUUCUGGCACACCUGACAAGGAGAAUGGAGAGGAGAGUCUCCUCCUACCCCUGCAGACUGUCCUUUCGAUCUGACACAGGCACAGAACAAGGUUCCUUUUUUGCCCCUAUCAGCCUAGGUCAGACCAACAGGGUGAGAGAACCGGUUCAGAGAACAGUUCCAAUCAAAGCGGCCCUUUCAGGGAGCGGGAGGUCGCCCCUACUGAAUAUUCAAGUGACGGUGGGGAGGACUUCCCCAUUGGUGGCAGGUUAGCUCUCUUCGCUCACAAAUGGCAAGCCACCACCAUGGACCUCUGGGUACUAAAUACCGUCAGAUUCGAUCUCUCACUAGAAUUCAUUUCAUCCCCCUGAACCACUUCAUUCCUUGUCCAUCUCCAAAUGAUCCAACCAAAAGGAACCUUAUAAAGGAGGCCAUCCAGCAUCUACUGGACAUCCAGGCCAUAGAACUGGUAGAGAAAGACCAGUGGGGACAGGGAUUCUAUUCCAUCUUGUUCAUAGUCCCAAAGAGUUUGGGGGGGGGGGGUGGAGAGCAAUCCUAGACUUAAAAAGCCUCAACAGACACUUGGCUUACAGAAAGUUCAAAAUGCAAACCCUACAGUCAAUAUUAGCAAGCAUCAGAAAGGGAGACCUCCUGAUGUCCAUAGAUCUGACAGAGGCCUUCACAUUCCCAUAUUUCCGGAACACCGGAGGUUUCUCAGAUUCUGCCACACAGGGCAGCAUUUUCAAUACAGGGCCCUGCCUUUUGGACUUUCUUCAGCUCCCAGAGUAUUCACAAAGGUACAUCUGCGAACAAUUCCUGUGGGUAUUCAAUGUUAUCUGGAUGACAUUCUCAUCCAGUCUUUGUCAGACAGCAUAGUCAGACCUAGCACUAACCCUAACAACCUUUCAGGAACACGGUUUCUCAGUAAAUUUCCAAAAGAGUCAGACGGUCCCAUCGACCCAUCUUUUACAUCCUGGAGCUUUGAUAGACACACUCCAGUGCAGGGUCUACCUCUCUCGAGAUCGUCAAGACAGCAUUCGAACCAUGGUCAAAUUGGUUUGAAAGAAGCAAGCCACAACACUGGCCACACUCUCCCAAUUACUAGGAAAGAUGAUUUCAUGCCUUGCAGUCGUGCCCUGGGCAUGACUACACUCCAGAGAUCUGCAGUGGUUCCUACUCCCAUUCCAAAAGAGGAGAAUGAGCUCAUCCAACCAAAGAAUAAAGAUACCACCAGGGGUCCUGAAAUUCCUCCAGUAGUGGGCUUCUCCAGCGCUCAGAAAGAGACACAUGUUCAAGAAGACCGACCGGGUCACUCUGACCACGGACACCAGUCUAUUCAGCUGGGGAGCACACCUACAAUCACAGCUGACACAGAGCCAAUGGUCAAGGGAGGACCUAAAACACAACAUAAACUGGUUAGAGCUCAGAGCCAUUCACCUAGCCCUUCGCCAUUUUCACAACACAGUAGCAGAUCAGCAUGUCAUGGUUCUCAUGGACAAUGUGGUGGCCAAAACCCAUGGCAAUCGACGGGGGCACGCGAUCCAGGGCUGUCAUGACCAAAGCACAGGCGCUGGGAACCUGGGCAGAAAGCAACCUAGCCUCCCUCAAAGCCAAGCACAUAUCAGGAGAAGCAAAUCAUCAGGCGGAUUUCCUAAGCAGGGCAACGAUAGACCACUCAGAGUGGAGUCUGCACCCUGCUCUCUUCAGGGAAACAUCAGAGAGAUUCAGCCACCCAGUGCUGGACCUAUUUGCCAGCCCCAAGAAUGCUCAGCUCCCGAGGUUCUUCUCCCGCUUUCUAUCACCAGGGGCAGAGAGAGCAGAUGCACUUCGAGGGCAUUGGCCAGAGGGGCUGCUAUACGCGUUCCCACCACUUCCUCUGAUACAAGCAACCAUCAGAAAGAUAUUGCAGGAACAAGCAGAGGUAAUUCUCAUUGCACCACAUUGGCCAAGACGGCCAUGGUUUGCAGACCUCGUAAGUCUCUCUACAUCCCCACCAUGGAGGAUUCCACAUGAUCAAAUCUCCCUCAACCAGGGGGCUCUACUUCAUUCAAAGCCACAAUGGCUCCAAUUAGCCGCCUGGCACUUGAACGGAGCACCCUAGAGGAGGAAACCUUUUCACAAAGAGUCAUCAGGACAAUCCAGGCCUCUAGAAGGUCUACAACUAACAGACUCUAUGACUCCACGUGGAGAAAUUAUUGCAGCUGGUACACAAAACAGCAGCUAGACCCCUUUAGUAUUUUGAUUCCGAGGAUCUUAGACUACCUAGCAGAGGGCCUGGAUAGGGACUAGCGCUCAACACAAUUCGCAGACAGCUUUAUCUACCAUUCUUACCUAUGGCAACUCUGAACCACUGGCCAGUGGUACGAUCCUUCAUUAAGGGCGCAACAAAUGACAGUCCACCCGCAGUCCACAGAUAUCCCUCCUGGGAUCUGUCUAAGGUCCUACAGGCAAUUACCUUACUCCCAUUUGAACCAGUUCGGACCUGCGUCUUACAAUACUUGACACUUAAGGUCACCUUUCUAGUUGCUGUUACCUCAGCUAGACACAUUUCAGAGUUGGCAGCACUAUCAGUUAGAAAGGAUCUGUGUAUCUUCCACUUGGACAGAGUGGUCCUACGUUUGGACUCUUCCUUCAUCCCCAAGUCAAUUCCCUGUUUCACAGAACACAGGAGGUAGUGCUACCAGACUUUUGCCCCAAGCCCUCCCAUGAAUUGGAGUGCAAGUGGCACACCUUAGACGUUCGCAGGGCUUUAAGACGAUACAUUAAACUGACGGCACCCUUCCGUAAGUUGGAAGCCCUGUUCGUCUCCUUCCACUCUCACACAAGAGGUCAAAGGGUCACAGCUUCCACAAUCGGAAGAUGGAUUAGGAGGUGCAUAGCAGAGGCAUACAGGGGACAGUCAUUAGCAGUCCCCAGGCAAAUCACUGCACACUCCACUCGCAGCGCUACCACCUCAGCAGCCUGGGUGACUCAGGCACCGAUUGAGGAGAUAUGCAGGGCGGCGACGUGGGAAUCACUUUCCCCCUUUAUAAGACACUACAAGUUAGAUAGGUUCGCAUCUGCGGAGGCCUCCUUUGGCAGGAGAGUCCUCCAGAGUGUAGUUUCAAAGAGUGGGACCCAGACUGACCCCUGCCCAUAGGGAUAGGGAGGCUUUGGUAUGUCCCAUUGGUGGAUUCUCCACUCGUCAUGCUGGAGAAGGGGCGUUGUCUUACCUGAGCACCUUUUCUCGGCAUGACGAUGGAGAAUCCACUCCCACCCUUAGGGCCAGUCAGGUCCUAUGCAGGGAGAAGAUUGAGCCAACACAAGAUUACAUAGCCAACAGCUUUCGCUUCAGUCAAGACUGGGAAAGGGGCAUCUCAAGAGGAAGAAGACAAGCAGAACCCAUUGGUGGAUUCUCCAUCGUCAUGCCAAGAAAAGGCAUUCAGGUAAGACAACGCCGCUUCUCAACCAUGGAAGCUCAUUGAAUAAUUUUGGGCCAGCAUGCUAUUUCAGCCCUACCUGCUUCACACAAAUGUAAUGUAGAAAAACUGGAGGAGACUGUGCUGUAUAUAUUGCCUUGAGUUCUUGAAGGGAGUAUACAAAUCUAACAAAUAAAAAUAAAUAAUUAAAAAUAAACAAAAGCUACUUGUCUUCAACACUGCAAUACACUGUACAGUCAAAGAAUAGGUAUAAAUUUUUGAAAUAUAAUA